GUGCCCGUACGCGCGCGCGCGGUGGCGGGGCUGUGGUUGGCUUCGCGGCGGCCGCCACCGCCUCUCCCCUCCCCCUCUCCCCCCUCCAUACCCCGGGCAGCGCCGUCCGGUGAGAGGAUUUUGCGCCCCGUGUUGUCGUCGCUUAAAGUUGAAAGAUGGGGAAGAAAAGCAGAGUGAAAACUCAGAAGUCAGGUACAGGAGCUACAGCAGUAGUUUCUCCGAAAGAGAUGUUGAAUCUAAUUAGUGAAUUAUUACAGAAAUGCAGCAGUCCAACUCCAGGUCCUGGAAAGGAAUGGGAAGAAUAUCAGCAGAUUCGAGCUCUUGUUGAGAGAAUCCGUAAAAAACAGAAAGGUUUGUCUAUUGUAUUUGAUGGGAAAAGAGAAGAUUAUUUCACAGAACUAAUAAAGUGGGCCAGAGAGAAUGGUGCAUCCACAGAGGGUUUUGAAGUGGCUAACUUUGGAGAAGAGGGUUUUGGUUUGAAAGCCACAAGAGAAAUAAAAGCAGAAGAGCUUUUUCUCUGGGUUCCCAGAAAAUUGCUGAUGACUGUUGAGUCAGCUAAAAAUUCAAUCUUGGGAUCUUUGUAUUCUCAAGACCGAAUUCUCCAAGCCAUGGGCAACAUCACACUAGCAUUCCACCUUCUUUGUGAACGAUGCAACCCUAGUUCUUUCUGGCUGCCUUACAUCCAGACUCUCCCAAAUGAAUACAAUACCCCUCUUUACUUCGAAGAAGAUGAAGUUCAAUAUCUUCAGUCAACUCAAGCCAUACAUGAUGUUUUCAGCCAAUAUAAAAACACUGCUCGACAGUAUGCUUAUUUCUACAAAGUUAUUCAGACCCAUCCUAAUGCCAGCAAACUGCCAUUAAAGGAUUCUUUCACUUACGACGAUUACAGGUGGGCAGUUUCUUCUGUCAUGACACGACAAAACCAGAUUCCUGCUGAGGAUGGCUCCCGGGUUACUUUAGCUCUGAUUCCUUUAUGGGAUAUGUGUAAUCACACCAAUGGGCUGAUUACUACAGGCUACAACUUAGAAGAUGACCGUUGUGAGUGUGUAGCACUUCAAGAUUUUAAGCCUGAUGAACAGAUUUACAUUUUUUAUGGCACUCGGUCAAAUGCUGAAUUUGUGAUCCACAGUGGGUUUUUCUUUGAUAAUAAUUCACAUGACAGAGUGAAAAUAAAGCUUGGAGUGAGUAAAAGUGACAGGCUGUAUGCUAUGAAGGCAGAGGUCUUAGCUCGCGCUGGCAUCCCAACUUCCAGUGUUUUUGCCUUGCACUCAACGGAGCCUCCGAUCUCUGCUCAGCUUCUGGCUUUCCUUAGAGUAUUUUGUAUGACUGAAGAUGAGCUGAAGGAACACUUGAUAGGAGAGCAUGCAAUUGACCGAAUCUUCACUCUUGGCAAUUCUGAAUUUCCAGUGAGCUGGGACAAUGAGGUGAAACUUUGGACAUUCCUGGAAGCCAGAGCAUCUCUCCUAUUGAAAACCUACAAGACAACUGUUUCAGAGGACAAAUCCUUUUUAGACACACACGACCUUGCCUGUAAUGCCACAAUGGCUAUUAAAUUGCGUUUAGGCGAGAAAGAAAUUUUGGAGAAAGCAGUCACGAGUGCAGCUGCCAACAGAGAAUACUACAGUAAACAAAUGGCAGAAGGAGCUCUCCUCCCAAAGUAUGAAGAGAGCAAUAUCGCCUUGCUGGAGAACACUGUGGCAGACUCAAGACUCCCAAUUGUCUUGAGAAACUUGGAGGAAGAGACAGAGGAGCAAGAGGACUUAAAGAUUGAGGAAACCAUUGGUGGAGAAGCAAAUGGAUUUGUGAAUGGUGACAAUUCUUUGCUUAAUGGGACCAAAUCAGAAAAUGAAAACCUAAAUCAAGAGGAAAGCAACAGAGAGACUGAAGAUGCCAAAGAAUCUUCUUCAGACAGUACUGAUGAGGUUAAAGAAUAGCUCUAAAAUAGUUUUGACUUUAUUGUGAAAUUGAAAACUAGCAGGUGUUCUUUUCUCCUUCUUCUUUGAACAGUGAUUUACAUUGGUGUUUCCUAACAGUUCUUUCUGCAGAGGAAAAUGUUUUUUGCUGCUUUAUAAUAAAAAACACAGAUUUUUAAGUUAUUUAAAAGAUUUAGCAUCCCUUUUCUAUUAAGAUUGCCAUCUUGCUUUUGGAAGACAGGGGGUGGGUCAGAAAAAAAUGAAAAAAGAUGCCUUUGCCCCCCCUUGGUUGGGACUAUAUGUUUACUUCCUAGGUAAGAGUUCAGCUUUAUCUGCUGUCUUUCUGUUCUGUUUACUCUGACUUCUAAAAUUCAAAGCUUGUUUUCUGCAAUUUGCCCAAGGAGGUGGCAAGACUUGACUAUUUGUUAUAAGCAGAAAACAGAACAGCACAAGGAGUGGAUAGAAAAGUUGGGAGAGACUGAGCUGCGUACAGCCAGGUACACUGCUCCCUAAAAAGGUAAGGUGGCAACCUUAUUUUCCUUAGGUUUCAAAGGUUGAUAAAGAAUACAAAUUAUAUUCUAAUUACAGUGGUUUUCUAAGAAUUUUGGUUUAUUUCAUGGUUUGGUUUACUGUACAAGAAACUUUAUUCCCGUUUUCUCCUCCUUAAAAUCAAAGUGCAAAGCUACGGUACAUCCAUUAAUACUUUUUUUAAGCUUGCCUUCUUUUUCCUCCUGUUUUUUUUUAAAUGGCACUGUUUUAUUUGGUGAAGAAGAGAUUGGAAACAUAUCAGCCAGACUACAGCUUUAAAAAGUGUUGUUCAAAGUGAGGUUGCUCCCCAGCUUUUUCAGAUUUCACAAAUAGCUAGAGGUUUUCAAAGCUACACUUUUGACUAAGAAAAUUAUUAAAAGUAAAACUUUAUUAA